AUGGCUGCUAUGCGCACUGUGGGGCUGGAGAGCCAAGGCAGGAGCACCAGCACCAUGUGGGGCCAGAAGACAAACCUCAGCGAGUGCAUCCAUGAGCUGCGUGCCAGCAUGGCCUUGCAAGGGCAAGCAAGGAAGUUUUACACCACGUCACAGGAAGAAAAGCUCCAACAGAACCAAGAGCUGCUGCCGCAUCUGCGAGAGGCGGUGCGGGAGGAUGUCCAUAUUCUAGGCCUUGUCUGGAAGCACGAGCUCACCAUCUCUGAGGCUUGUGGAGUGGAGCAGCCCUUGGGCAUCACUUUGGCCAGUAAGACGUUGGAGGUGGCCCAGGAGAAGCUCCGGGCUGAAAUCUAUGACCAGAUGAACACGUGCAACAUGCUGCUGUACCAGGUGAGGCAGCGGAGCCGGGCCCAGGAGCAGCUGCAGAGGCGGCUGCAGCAGCUGCAGAUGGAUGCCCAGAUGGAUGCCAAGCAGCACCAGGCACCGGGCUCAGUACAUGGGGUCACCCCUUGUCCCCAACCAUCUCUGCCCCAGGUGGUUCGCACGCUGGAGAACAACAUUGAGAAGAUGCAAACAAAAGUCCACACUGGACAGAAGGUGGCUGCCCUGUACCUGGUGGUGCGGGAUGCCCUAAGGAAGGAGCUGGCCCAUCUGCCUCUGCACCUGGACCUCCUGAGUGAGGUGGCUGAGCUGCGGCAUGGGGAGGUGGAAGACAUGGAGCUCAUGGCCUUGGAUGGUCUCAGAGCUGCUCAUGUAACCAAGGAGCACAUGGUCAGGAUGGAAACCCAGUUCCUUGCAGAGAGAGAGCUCAGGCACCACACCCUGGCUGCUCAGAAAGUGCCCGUAGACAGACGCUGGCUCAAGGAAGCGAGUGAAAGGCUUCUGAAAGCGCAAGCCAGGCAUGACCUCGCUGGGGACUUCCUGAGCCUGCCCGCGCAGGACCCGCUGGUGGCUGCCAAACUGGAGGCCACCAAGUCCCGGCUGGAGCAUGAAGACUGGGUGAUGGAGAAGAUGGAGAAGGCCAAGGCUGCGGUGCAGUGCUCCUGCCUCUGGGACAUCCACAGCAGGCUCCUGGCACAGCAGAAGUCGCUGGUGGAACUUGAACAGUACCUCACAGAGUGCAAGGAGAAGAAGCAGGAGCUGAAGAAGACACUGAAGGAGCUGGAGAUGAAGCUGGAUGAGCUGAAGUUUCACCAGCCCCCCAACACAACCAGGUGCAGGGAGCUGGCAGAGGAGCUGGGGACGAGGCUGCAGUGGGAAGAGGCUCGGCUGGAACAGAGGCGAGCCCAGCUGCUGAGGAGCCAGGAGGUGCUGCUGGAGUUUGAAAACGGCCUUGACAACCUCUUCAUCCGUCUGCAUGGCAUCACCGUGCCUGGCCAGGAGGAUUCUGUCAAGGCCAUGGGAGUGGAUGAGAAGCUCCAGCAGUGUGAGCAGAAGCUGCAGUACCUGGUGCAGCGGGUGGCUGACCUGCCCCCCCACAGCCACACUAUGAACACAGCAUCUCUUUCACAGGCUUUUGUGAAGAUCAGACAGCUGCUGGAGAAAACCAUCGCGAAUGAUCUGCAGAACCAGAAGGUUUCCUUGGAGGACGUGGGCAUGAGGGUCCAAGAUGAUUUUGAUUUUACUGACAAACACUGUGUCCUUGUCCUCACCCGAGAAGACAUCAAGAAGCAGGGGCUGCAGCUGAUGGAAAGCAAGAAGAAAAGCAAGAAGAAGUAG